UUUAGGUGAUGAUGAGUGGCGGCGUGUGGUGUACUCAAGAGGGCGCCAACGUCGUGAUGGGAUGGGAUUUUAUGGGUUUUGUUGUUUGUUGGUCGCUCUUGUGACUGACUACAUCGUGAAUUCCGAUCCGCGCGUCCUUCGCGCAUCUACUGUGAUGAUCAUGUUUUUUUGCGAACCACUGUCCGUAGUUAGGACGGCCGCUUCGCUCACGCGGUCCUAGUUUCAGCUGCUCUGUUCAAACGGAGGCGCAGAGAUCGGCCCCCCCGCCCCCCCUAGGUAUGUGAGUUCUGUUGAACUGGCGCUCACGACCCCUAAGUUAACCUUCCACCACCUGCGUGAAACCGACGUUGACAGGCAGCGCUCAAUGGCUGUUCCUCUAUUUGGACGAAGCCGGGUGAACAGCGUGAGUGACGCUGUUGAUGUCGACAGCAUAAAGCUCACAAACUACACUGACACAGUGCAACACCUAGACAAGUUUUAUGGACAGGUUAAACGGCAACUCUUAAACUUUCAAAGCCCUACCACAGGGCUUUUCCCACGUCUCUCACGUGACCGAGAGCAUGGGUAUGUUCGAGACAGCAUUUAUUGUGCGGUAUCGAUCUGGAGCCUCUAUCAAGCAUACAAGAGGAUAGACGAUGACCGGGGGAAGUCAUAUGAGCUGGGACAGAGCGUGGUCAAGUGCAUGCGGGGUAUCCUCUUCUGCUGGAUGCGACAGUCCAAAGACAAGAUGGAGAAAUUCAAAGUCGAACAAGGACCACAGCAUGCCCUCCACUCCAUUUUCCAUCUCAAGUCCGGAAUGACUAUCAUUCCUGAGAGUGAUUAUGGCCACCUUCAGAUCGAUUCAGUUUCACUUUAUCUACUGUAUCUUGUUCAAAUGAUUACCUCAGGUCUACAGAUCAUUUAUACAAUGGAUGAAGUGAACUUUGUACAGAACCUGGUGUACUAUGUGGAGCGUGCAUACCGCACUCCUGACUUUGGCAUGUGGGAAAGAGGCAGCAAGUACAACAAUGGUACCCCUGAGAUUCACUCCAGCUCCAUUGGCAUGGCCAAGUCAGCCCUGGAGGCCAUUAAUGGCUGCAACCUGUUUGGCGACAAGGGAGCAUCGUGGUCCGUCAUCUAUGUGGAUGUGGAUGCUCAUAAUCGCAACCGUAGCAUCUUUGAAACCUUGCUUCCGAGAGAAUCAAGUUCAAAGAAUACAGACACAGGGCUGCUGAUGGCUGUGAGCUUCCCUUGUUUUGCAACCCACGACGACUACCUGUAUAGGCGCACAAAGGACAAGGUGAUACGGAAACUUCAUCGUAGCAGCUACGGCAUCAAGCGUUUUCUGCGUGAUGGUUACGGAACCGUGCUCGAAGAUCGAAGUCGAAAGUACUACACGUCAGGAGAGACCAAAGCAUUUGAAAACAUUGAGUCGGAAUGGCCAAUGUUUUUUAUUUUGAUGAUUCUGGAUGGGAUAUUCAAGGGCCACGACGAGCAAGUCCAGAAGUACAAACAGCUCCUGGCACCCAGGCUCAAGAGGGACAAGUAUGGAGGAAACACGGAUUGGUCCAAGGAGGUGCUAAAAGAAUGGGAAGAUUACAUUGUUCCCAUGUACUUCUACGUGCCAAAAGAAUUCCUGGAGGCCGAGAGGGCCGAACCAGGCUCCCAGCCCCGGCUUCCGAGUGCCGAGGGGGAUGUGGAUAACCUGUUCAUGAUGGGCCAGGCUCUGCACAUCAUCUCGAAGCUCUUGCUGGAAGGCCUACUGCACAUCACAGAGCUGGAUCCAGUGCGUCGCUACUUGCCGUCCUGCAAUCGGCCACGCAGAACGGACAGAUACUCUGCCUUCCAAGGCAAGGCGGUUAGUGCGGCCACAGACCUAGUGGUGCAAGUGGUGCUGAUAGCAGAGAGCAUGCGGCUACAAGCCAUGAUGGCCACCUAUGGGAUUCAAACUCAGACGCCCCAUGAAGUGGAGCCUGUCCAGAUCUGGUCUCCCAAACAACUGAUGAAGGUCUACGAGUUUCUGGGUGUGAAUCGUAAGCUGGGCUUGAAAGGCAGGCCACGUCGACCUAUUGGAGCCUUGGGAACGAGCAAGCUGUACCGGAUAUGUGGCCAAACAGUGCUAUGUUAUCCUCUUAUCUUUGAGGUCAACGAUUUCUACCUCUCACAUGACAUGGCGCUGCUAAUUGAUGACAUCAAGAAUGAGCUCACAUUUGUUGGGAAAUAUUGGCGCAUGUCUGGGAGACCCACCAUGGCUAUUGUCAUAAGGGAAGACAACAUGAGGGACUCUCAUUUCAAGGAGUUGCUGGACCUCCUGGCCAUGCUCAAGAAGGGCCAUUGUGAUGGACUGAAAGUGAGGAUGGGCAGACUUCAGAACCUGAUCUCCUCCUCUUGUAUCGAGCACUUGGACUUUCUGCACCUACUGCCUCAUGACGCUCUGCCCAAAUUUGAGGCCUUUCAACAGCUGGAGCACACCAACACAGGAUAUCAGAGCCUGACUGAUGUUCCCAAGGCAAUAGCGUACAGCGAACCAUCGUAUGAUUAUUCGUCGUUCUACAGCAAGCCAAACAACGAGAUCAUUGAGGCCCUGAGUCAUGUAGAUACCCUGCACGGCCAGAGCCAGCUUCUGGGGAUUUUGUGGCACAGAGUGAGCCCAAACUUCACCAUUGAUGGAGUGAUGCUGAAGGAUAGGCUUGAGAAACUGACAAGGCAAGCUGGUGCACUCAAGCACUGGGCUGUUGUGCGCCACUGUUCAAGCAUUCUGGGCAAAGUAGUCGAUAGCCUGAGCCCUUACAUCACUGCAAUCCUAGUCAAUGGAAAGCAGAUCACCGUAGGCGUGUUUGGUAGAGACGAGGCAGUCAUCGACAAGCCCCUGACCCCCAAGGAGAUCAAGAGCAUCAUCUACACUCAGUGCAAAGACCACGUUUACCACGCUGUUCUUCUGCAGGAGGUCAUUGUCUACGUCGGCCGCCUUGUUUCUACUACCCCUAAGCUCUUCGAAGGCAUCCUGAAGAUUAGAACGGGGUCUGUCAUCCAUGCAAUGAAUCUCUACCUCAAAUUCACCAGUGACAACCCGCCGGCACUGGAGAGCCUCUCGCCUAGCGAGCUCCGGAAAGUGGUGUACCAGGUGUUUACACUGCGAGACAAUGCAGAUAUCAGGAUGUCUCAGCACUGCACAAGACAGAUUGAGGGAGCAUUGUGUCGAGUUCCAAAGGACUUCUUUGACCGUGUGUGGGAUGUGAUGACUCGAACACCAGGUGGCAUUGUUGUCGGUGGGCAUCAUUUACCACAGCAACCGACGUUGAGUGAGCUCACCAUCUACGACCUAAACUUUGCACUUCAAGUGGAAAUGCUUUUGAGCCACAUCUCACUUCCAGAGUAUCGACACGUUAUGAUCGAGCUCCUUAUGGUCAUUGAUGUGAUUUUGAAGAGGAACCCCGAGUUCUCGUUUUCUGACAAGGUCGACCUCGAUGUGUUGAUCCGGGAUGCCUUUGCGAUGUUCAAGGCUGAGAAGGAGUCCCCUGGCUCUGACCCGAAUAAUGUGACCAGCUUCUAUGACUCUCCAUCAUCAGUGACUUCGUGCUAUCUCUCAAGAGGAAUCAUGACUCGCCUCUUGACCUCGGGGAUUGGCAUCAGUACGGAGGAGUGCAGCAUUUCCUAGUCUGGCCAGUGUCGCCCAACUCUCAACAUCCCCUUUGCCGACUCCAAUAGCUUGUGUGUGGCACCGUUUAUGGAUCUUUUGUCUAGUCCUGCCAAGUCGGUGUGUUGAAAUCUAUUUGUUAAUGCAUCUCUGCAUUUGUUAAGAUAAUGCUCCUAUCCCUUUGUUUCAGUGGUGACACAAUCCUUUUGUUGUUUUUUUUUGUUCGGGGUUGUUUUCAUGUCUUUCAUGAAGUUUUACAGGCCAGGGUGGCACCAGCAACACCUUUCUCAAGUCACUAAGCGCAUGCAACUUGACAAUUAUUCAUCUGCUUAGUGUCUGAAUGGUCUUCUUUCAACCAAUAAAAUACAUUGUAUAAUUUU